UUAUUGUUUGUAGUCGAAGAACAAACGCAAGAGAUCGAGCUGCCAUUACACGAUGCUGCAAGACGUGAUAACGUCUCCUUUCUGAAGGAGUACUUGAAGCAAGGUAUAUCAGGAACGAGUUUAGAUGCAGCUGGGAACACACCAUUAUACUGGGCAGCACGUACUGGUCACUUGGAAUGUGCAAAGGAACUUCUCAAUUUAGUAAAUCCUGUGAUAAACGCUCAAAAUAAAAUGGGUGAUACGCCAUUGCACAUAGCAGCAAGUCACGGACAUUUGGAAAUGGUCAAUUUGUUGUUGGAACAUAACGCUGAUAUGACUUUGAAGAAUAACGAUGGUUACAUUGCAGAAGAAUUAGCCUCUGACAUGUCCAUCAAGAAUGCUAUACAAUUGCAACAACGGAAAUGCGAUAAUACGUACAGAUACGGCGAUGAAGAUUAUGCUGACGAUAGCGAUUGAAAAUUAAUUAUAAUUUCCAAUUAGAAUAAAAUAAGAAAUCUAUAUAUGAAUCAAAUGAGCAAUCUUGUAUUAUGUAAAAUGAUAAUUUUAUGUAUCAAGUGAUAAUGUUAAUAUUUAAAAGAUCUCAGAUAACGUUUCUUUGCAUUUUAGAUUCCUGUUUUUUAUGGUAUGUUGUAUUUUGAUAAAAAAUUUAUUUUGAUGAUACAAGAAAUUUACACGAUAUUUUAUAAUGCACAUUAAUAUAUUUGUAGUAAUAGAAAUAGGAACAAUCUGUAGCAAAAGAAACAGGAGUUUUUAAAUUGUUCGUUUAUAAUUAUUGAUAUAAUUGUUGGUAAUCACAUAAGAUGAUAGAUUCAGAAUGUUGAUUAAAAGAAGCUAGUAAUUAUAUUGAAAUUGAUAACUGCCAUGCUAGGUUUAUCAUCGUUAGCGCC